AUGGAAGCUUGGUGCCAGUCGUGUGAUCCCGUUAAAACUACUCUGGGAUGGACUAGUGGAAAUAAUAAUAUCGAUAAAUUCAUUAAAGAAUUUCAACUUAAAGCUACUAAAUAUGAGGAUGUAGUUGAAUGGAUUCCAUUUAAUAGGCUAUCUAACUUGCGUAAAAUAGGAGAUUCAAAAUUAUUAGCAAAGUGGUUAGAUGGAAUUAGAAAAGUAAAAAAUAAUACACAGUCGCGUACACUAUCUUAUACAGUCAAACUUGAGAAAUUGGAUGAUUCUCAAACAGAUGUAUUAGAUCUUAUAAAAAAAGUUAAAAAUUAUAUGCAAUCAAAUAAUUACAAGGUAUAUGGAAUAACACAAGGUACAAAAACUAAUCAAUAUAUGAUUUCGUGCGAUCCCUUUAAAACUACUCACGGAUGGACUAGUGGAAAUAAUAAUAUUGAUAAAUGCAUCAAAGAACAUCAACUUAUAACUACCGAAUACGAAAACGUAGUUGAAUGGAUUCCAUUUAAUAGGCUAUCUAACUUGCGUAAAAUAGGAGAUUCAAAAUUAUUAGCAAAGUGGUUAGAUGGAAUUAGAAAAGUAAAAAAUAAUACACAGUCGCGUACACUAUCUUAUACAGUCGAACUCGAAAAAUUUGAUGAUUCUCAAACAGAUGUAUUAGAUCUUAUAAAAAAAUUUAACACUUAUAUACAAUCGAAUAAUUAUAAAGUAUACGGAAUAACACAGGAUACAAAAACCAAAAAAUAUAUGAUUGUAUUCGAAGACUUUGUUUAUAAGAGAUGCAGUGAAUAUGAAAAGUGUGCGCAGUGUGAGAGAUAUAAUACUUCAGAAGCUUGGUGUCAGUCAUGUGAUCCUUUUAAAACCACUCAGGGAUGGACUAGUGGAAAUUAUAAUAUCGAUGAAUGCAUCAAAAAAUAUCAACUUAAUGCUACCAAAUAUGAGAAUGUAAUUGAGUGGAUUCCAUUUAAUAGGCUAUCUAACUUGAGUAAAAUAGGAGACUCAAAAUUAUUAGCAAAAUGGUUAGAUGGAAUUAGAAAAGUAAAAAAUAAUACACAGUCGCGUAUACUAUCUUAUACAGUCGAACUCGAGAAAUUUGAUGAUUCUCAAACAGAUGUAUUGGAUCUUAUAAAAAAGUUUAACAAUUAUAUACAAUCGAAUAAUUAUAAAGUAUACGGAAUAACACAGGAUACAAAAACCAAAAAAUAUAUGAUUGUAUUCGAAGACUUUGUUUAUAAGAGAUGCAGUGAAUAUGAAAAGUGUGCGCAGUGUGAGAGAUAUAAUACUUCAGAAGCUUGGUGUCAGUCGUGUGAUCCUUUUAAAGCCACUCAGGGAUGGACUAGUGGAAAUGAUAAUAUCGAUGAAUGCAUCAAAAAAUAUCAACUUAAGGCUACCAAAUAUGAGAAUGUAAUUGAAUGGAUUCCAUUUAAUAGGCUAUCUAACUUGCGUAAAAUAGGAGAUUCAAAAUUAUUAGCAAAGUGGUUAGAUGGAAUUCGAAAGGUUGAUGAAUAUAAUGAAAAUUCACGUAUAUUAUCUUAUACAGUCGAACUUGAGAAAUUUGAUGAUUCUCAACUGGAUGAAUCAGGUCUUAUAAAAAAAAAUUAUAAAGUAUACGGAAUAACACAGGAUACAAAAACAGAAAAGUAUAUGAUUGUAUUUGAAGACUUUGGUUAUGAGAGAUGCAGUGAAUAUGAAAAGUGUGCGCAGUGUGAAAGAUAUAAUACUUCAAAAGCUUGGUGUCAGUCAUGUGAUCCUUACAAAACCACUCAGGGAUGGACUAGUGGAAAAAAUAAUAUUGAUGAUUUCAUUAAAAAUUUUCAGCUUAAAACUACCAAAUAUGAAAACGUAAUUGAAUGGAUUCCAUUUGAUAGGCUAUCUAACUUGCGUAAAAUAGGAGAUUCAAAAUUAUUAGCAAAGUGGUUAGAUGGAAUUCGAAUGGUUGAUGAAUAUAAUGAAAAGUCACGUAUAUUAUCUUAUACAGUCGAACUUGAAAAUUUUGAUGAUUCUCAAGUAGAUACAUUAGAACUUAUGAAAAAAUUUAAAAGUUAUAUGCAAUCAGAUAAUUAUAAAAUAUACGGAAUAACGCAAGAUACAAAAACCAGUCAAUAUAUGAUUGCAUUUGAUAGUUUCAGUUCCACGAGGUAUCAUUUUUAUGAAAAAUGUGCAGAAUGUGACAGAUAUAAUACUUCAGAAGCUUGGUGUCAGUCGUGUGAUCCUUACAAAACCACUCAGGGAUGGACUAAUGGAAAUAAUAAUAUCGACGAAUGCAUCAAAGAAUAUCAACUUAAAGCUACUAAAUAUGAAGAUAUAAUUGAAUGGAUUCCAUUUAAUAGACUAUCUAACUUGCGUAAAAUAGGAGAUUCAAAAUUACGAGCAGAAUGGUUAGACGGAAUUCGAAAGGUUGAAAAUGUUACACAGUCACGUACAUUAUCAUGCCCAGUCGAACUUGAGAAAUUUGAUGAUUCUCAAAUGGGUACGUCAGAGCUUUUAAAGAAACUUGACAAUUAUAUGCAAUCAAAUAAUUAUAAAAUAUACGGAUUAACACAGGAUACAAAAACCAGUCAAUAUAUGAUUGUAUUUGAUAGUUUCGAGUCCAUAAGGUAUUGGUUUUAUGGAAACUGUGCACAAUGCGAGAGAUAUAAUACUUCAAAAGCUUGGUGUCAAUCGUGCGAUCCUUUUAAAGCCACUCAAGGAUGGACUAGUGGAAAUAACAAUAUCGAUGAAUGCAUCAAAGAAUAUCAACUUAAAGCUACUAAAUAUGAGAAUGUAAUCGAAUGGAUUCCAUUUAAUAAGCUAUCUAACUUGCGUAAAAUAGGAUAUUCAAUAUUACAAGCAGAAUGGUUAGAUGGAAUUCGAAAGGUUGAAAAUGUUACACAGUCAAGAACAUCAUCUCAUACAGUCGAACUUGAAAUAAUAAUAAGUGAUUCUCAAAUGAACACAUUAGGACUUAUAAAGAAGCUUGGCAAUUAUACGCGGCCAUACGGAAUAACACAGGAUACAACAACCAGUAAAUAUAUGAUUGUAAUUGACAAAUUCUCUUAUACAAGGGAUAAUAAAUAUGGAAUAUGUGCACUAUGCAAUAGAUAUAAUACUUCAGAGGCAUGGUGCCAGUCGUGUGAUCCCGUUAAAACUACUCAGGGAUGGACUAGUGGAAAUAAUAAUAUCGAUAAAUUCAUUAAAGAAUUUCAACUUAAAACUACUAAAUAUGAGAAUGUAGUUGAAUGGAUUCCAUUUAAUAGGCUAUUUAACUUGCGCAAAAUAGAAGAUUCAAAAUUACGAGCAGAAUGGUUAGAUGGAAUUCGAAAGGUUGAAAAUGAUACGCAGUUACGUAAAUCAUCUUAUACAGUCGAACUUAAGAAAUUUGGUGAUUCUCAAAUGAAUACAUUUAAAUUUAUAAAGAAGCUUGACAAUUAUAUGGAAUCAUAUGAUUAUAAAAUAUAUGGAGUAACGCAGGAUACAAAAACCAGUCAAUAUAUGAUCGUAUUUGAAGAUUUUUUUGGCAAGAGACGCAGAGAAUAUGGAAAGUGUGCACAAUGUGAGAGAUAUAAUACUUCAGAAGCUUGGUGUCGAUCGUGUGACUCUCUUAAAACCACUCAAGGAUGGACCAGUGGAAAUAAGGAAAUCGAUAAUAGUAUUAAAGAAUUUCAACUUAAAGUCACUAAAUAUGAGAAUAUGAUUGAGUGGAUUCCGUUCGAUAGAUUGUGUAAUGUACAAACAAUUGACGAUUCAGUAUUGACGGCAAUUUGGUUAGACGGAAUGAGGAAACUCAGAAAUAAAGAAAAAUCACGUGAAACAUGUACAGUUAUUCUCAAUGAAUUUUUGAGUUUCAAAAAGUUCAAGAGUUACAUGUGUCAAAAUAAAAUAUACGGAAUAAGUUACUAUCCAAAGAUAAAUCAAUAUAUGAUUGUCAGUGAGGUCAGUUCUGAAAAAUACGAAAAUUGCUUACUGUGUAAUCAAUGUAAAAUUUCAAAAUCCUGGUGUGGCUCGUGCAAUCCAAAUAUAAUAAAUAAGGGAUUAUUAAAUGGAUUCUGUAUUGGAGAAUUCAAGCUUGAAUCCAUAGAAUAUAAAAAUCUAAUUGAAUGGAUUCCUUGUGAUAAGCUUGUUCGAAUGCAGAAUAUUGGCGAGAAAUAUUUAGAAUUUUCAACAACCUGGUCAGACGUUAAACGAGAUUAUCCCGAAAUACUCAAAGAAUAUUGCAUGGUUUUGCUUAAAGUUUUGCCUGAUCAUCAAUUAUACUCUAUAGAAUUUUUGAAAGAAAGUUACAUCAAACUAGAUAAAAAUAGAAUUAAUAUAUGCGAGAGAAGACAAACCACAAACACUAGUAAAUAUAUGAUAGAAUUUGAAAUACGUGAGUCAAGUAUUAAUGAGCCUGUUUUAAAGAGAGAUUUUAAUUAUGGACAAUGUACAAAUUGUAAACGCUACAACACAUCAAGAGCUUGGUGUCAAUCAUGUGACCCUUGGAAAACGAUUAGAGGAUGGACGAGUGGAAAUAUGGAUAUCAAUAAUUGUAUCAAAAAAUUUCAAUUUGAGGCCACGGAAUAUGAUAAAGUAACUGAGUGGAUUCCUUUUAAUAGAUUAAAUGAUGUCAAGGAAGUUGGAAGAGGAGGAUUUGGAUGUGUGUAUUCUGCGACCUGGUUAGAUGGAAAACGAAGGAUUUUAUAUGAAAACGGAAAGUGUAAGUCAGUUUAA